AUGUCGAAAAAGAAAUUAGCUUUUGAAGAUUAUACCGUCGGAUGGAUCUGUCCCCUCCUCGUGGAAAGGGUUGCCGCGAUGGCGAUGUUUGAUGAGGAACACGAACCCCCCGGACCACAACCGUCAGCCGAUCACAACGUCUACUACCUGGGUAAUAUCCAGUCCCAUAAUGUAGUAAUCGCAGGCUUGCACAAGGCAGGAAACAGUUCCGCGGCUACUGCCGUCGCCCAGAUGAUGAUCACAUUUCCAAACCUUAAGUUCGGUCUACUAGUCGGAAUUGGAGGUGGUGUACCAGUAAAAACGGAUAAUGGGAGGAUUAGACUCGGUGAUGUCGUCGUCAGCAAGCCGACUGGUGAGCACUCAGGUGCGGUGCAGUAUGACCAUGGUAAAGCGGAGACGGGACGCUUUCGACGCACUGGUAUCCUUGCUCCGCCGCCGCGGGUGCUUCUGAAUGCGGCUAUUGAUUUAGAAGCUCGGCGUUCGAUGAUGCGGGUAGACCCAAUCUGGGAGAAUAUCAAACGAAUUGACACAAGUAUUCGCACUCUCCGAAAGUAUAAGUAUCCUGGUCCCGAGCAAGAUCACCUCUACAAGCCGAGUUGUAUCCAUCCGGAUCCGAAGCUUUCUUGCAGCGAAUGCGGAUGUGAUCCGGCGCAACGAGUACAGGAUUCUUCCUUUGACCUGGAUGAAGACGAGAGGAAGUCAAGUGUGGUCGUUCACAUGGGAACAAUUGCGUCGGGUGAACUGGUUAUCAAAAACGGAGAGAUAAGAGAUCAACUGGCUGAAGAAUAUGGAGUCUUGUGUUUUGAAAUGGAAGCGGCAGGGGCGUUAACUGAUUUUCCUUGUAUUGUCAUCCGUGGGAUCUCAGACUAUAGCGACUCGCAUAAGAACGACGUCUGGCAUGGAUACGCUGCCGCUGCAGCGGCGGCGUACGCGAGGCAGCUAUUCUUCCAUAUGCCAAUCGAUGAAGUCAAGCGCUAUAUCUCUUCAACCGCGGAGCAAGUCCUUCGCCAAAUCGAACAACGUAAAGAUAGUAAAGAACGCUGGGAGAUCCUUAAUUGGCUCGAAACCUUUAACCACAGUCUUCAGCAAAACGACAACCUAAAGAAGCGGCGGUCAGGGACAGGAUUAUGGUUACUGAACUCGAACCAAUUUCAAACCUGGCUAGAAUCUAGUCAGCAGACAUUAUUCUGUCCAGGUUUCCCCGGACAAGGAAAAACCAUCAUGACUUCGAUCAUUAUCGAAAAUCUCCAAAUGAGAUUCCGAGGCGACAAGACUAUCGGCAUCGCCUAUCUUUAUUUUAAUUUCAAGAGAACUAAUGAGAAGAACUUACUUGCAAGCUUACUAAAUCAACUAAGCCAAACUCAGCCUUCAAUACCAGACGGGGUGAAAAGCCUCUACCGCGAAUUCGGGCACCAAAGACCACCAGAAGACAAAAUUUACGAGGUGUUACAGACCGUGCUAUCUAAGCUUUCGAGAGUUUUCAUUAUUCUGGACGCUCUGGAUGAAUGCAACCCUGUUGAUCGAUCGGAACUUUUGACGGAACUUUUUCGUCUUCAGACUGAGUGCGGAGUCAACAUUUUGGCAACAUCGAGAUUCAUUCCAAAUGUUGAGGAGAGAUUCGAGGGAACUAUGGUUUUAGAAAUCCAAGGCAACCCCGAAGAUAUAUAUAAUUACAUAGGCGGGCGUAUGUCAGAGCUGCGGCUAUGUGUUAGGCGUGAUCCAGGACUCCAAGAGGAAAUUAAGAAGGGAAUAACAGAGGCCGUUGAUGGAAUGUUUCUCUUAGCCCAACUAUACCUAGAAUCUCUCCAAGAUGGGAUAAGCAAGGGAGAUAUCCGAAGAGCAUUGGAGAAGUUCCGGAAACAAACCCAAGGAUCUGGAGGGAAAGAAAAACUGAAAGUAUUGGCCGACGCAUACACAGAAGUGAUGAAAAGAAUCGGCCAGCAAGGCGACAAAGCUCAGAAGUCUGCAAAGAGGACCCUGUCAUGGAUAGUCUGCGCGAACAGACCACUGAAUACUUUUGAACUUCGUCAUGCCCUUGCUGUAACGGCUGACAAGACGGACCUAAAUGAAGACGACUGCCCAGAGAUCGACGAUGUCAUUUCGACCUGUGUCGGGUUGGUGGUUGUUGAUAUGGAAAGCAAUAUCAUCCGAUUGGUACAUUAUACAGCUCAAGAAUACCUCAAAGCUCAUGCCUUUUGGAUAGACCCCGGGCCCCAGGAGAAUGUCAUCCAAAAUAACGAUAUUUCAAUGAUCCAUAUCCACAGACACAUCACAGAAACUUGCAUAACCUACCUAUCUUUUGACGCUUUUCAGACCGGCUAUUGCAGUUCUAACAGCGAAUUCACUACACGCCUAAAGCUAUACCCUUUAUACAGAUAUGCGGCCCAAAACUGGGGAAACCACGCUCGUGCUGCAAUAUCAGAAGUGGAACAGUUAGUUUUGAAGUUUCUUACGCGGGAAUCCAACCUAAGUAGUUGUAGUCAAGCCUUAAUGGCCCCUGAGUCCAGAUCCUUCAUAUUUUCAGAGAAAACACUGAAAAGCCAAGAUGCGCCUAGAGAUGUCACAGCGCUACACCUUGCAGCAUAUUUUGGACUGGCGGAGACUAUCGUGGCUUUACUGAAGAUGGGAAAUGAUAUCGAUCUGGAUGCCCGAGACACCGCCGGCCGAACACCACUCUCAGUCGCCAUAGGAGCCGAGCAAGAAGCAGUGGUAAAACUAUUACUUGACAACGGUGCCAAGAAUAAUUUCCAAUACGAAAUAGAACUGAAUACAGGUUUAAGGAGAUGGCUUUAUAAGAUGGCGAACCUGGUACGCCCCGCCUGUAGAGUAAAUGACGAAGUAGCCUCGAUCCCGGAAAGCCAAGACUAUAAAUGGACGCCAUUAUUGCAUGCUAUAGAGCUUGGGAAUGGACCUAUAGUAAGGCUAUUACUUGAGCAUGGCGCUGACAAGAAUAUUAAAGACUAUAUGGAUCGGACGACACUGUUCCUAGCAAUAGAAAAAGAACAUGAAGAAAUAGCGCGGAUACUCCUUGAAAAUAGAGUCGACUUAGAGACCAAAGACGUAAAGGGUAGAACGCCACUGCUGCAGGCUGUAAUAGCACAGCAUCAACCGAUAGUGGAGUUACUGCUUAAACACAAGGCUGAUACUGAGUGCGAGUUCGGAGGUAGCACGGCAAUACUCCGGGCAAUGAAACUUGGAAACGAAACUCUAGUAAACCUUUUAAUCGAGAAUGAUGCUGAUCUGGGAGCCAGCGAGAGAAAAAUUGGCUAUACGCCAUUGAUAUAUGCUACAUGUUUUGGAAACGUUGGAAUGGUGAGAUUAUUACUCAACCAAGAUGCUGCAAUUGAAGCUAAGGACGACACUGGAAACACGUCUUUGUUGCAUGCUGCAUACUCAGGGCGCGUGGAAAUGGUGGAGCUGUUACUCUCCCGGGGUGCUGAGACAAACUUUACAAACCAAAUGGGGUACUCCCCACUGAUGGCGGCAGCAUCUCGGGGGCGUGGAGCUGUGGUAAAGUUAUUUCUAGCGCAAGAUGGCGUCGAUGCGGACUUCGAAGGGCCAGACUAUAUGAUGACGCCUCUCCUAGCAGCCGCCUCCCAAGGGCAUAAGCAAGUGGUAGAAAUGUUACUUGCGACCGGUGCCGUUAACGUGAACCACAAAGAUUUUUCUGGUAUGACGCCACUGAUGGUUGCCGCAAUGGGAGGGCACGAGGAGAUAGUGGAGUUAUUGCUCGCAAAGAGCGCAGUCAACCCCAACAGAGAGUCUGAUACCGGCCAGACAGCACUAUCGCUAGCAGCGCAAAAGGGCCACGAGGCGGUUGUGAAACUUCUACUCGCGAAGGGUUACGUUGACUUGAAUUCGAGAGAUCGGGAAUAUCAAACGCCGCUAUUUUGGGCCGUGAAAAUGGGACAUAUGGUGGUAACAGAGCUGCUACUAUCGAACGAUGAUGUCCAUCCGGACCUCAAGGAUAAAAAUGGCCGGACUCCGUUGUCGUUGGCUGUGAGCAAAGAUGGAAGUGGCACGUACGAUGAAGAAGAGGAAGAGAAAUGGGAUGAAGACAUGGGUGGCAAAUACACGGACGACGAAGAUAUGGACGAUUACGAUAAUGAUAACUCUUAUCAUAGAGAAUAUAAUAGUGAGGAGGAUGAGGAGGAUGAGGAGGAGGAAGACAGGUACAGUGAAGAAAAUGCCGAGCAGAGAAGGAAGAAGAUAAGUGAGGUAUUGGUCUGGAGGCAAGACGGGUACGAGUUCAGUGAGGCACUAAACAUAGUGAAACUACUUCUUGGGAAUGGCAACGUUGACCCGAACUCCAAAGACAAUUGCGGUCGAACUCCACUAUGCUGGGCUUCUAAGACCGGGUACCGGGGAGCUGUGGAGCUGUUACUUGCCAAAGAAAAUAUAGAGCUGGACAUCGCAGAUAACACCAGCAGAACGCCAUUGGCAUGGGCCAGGGAAAACGAUCAUGGGGAAAUAGUAAAGCUCUUGCAAGAGCGUUUUAUAUCGAGCCGAUGA